UUCAGUUUCAACUAUAGGCAGAUCUGAAUUGCUGCAGUUUCUUAUGGUAUUUGGGAGCGCAGGAAAUUCUUUCAGAGCCUUGUUGCCCGUUAUUGUAGCUAUCUUCUCUCUCUCCCAUUAUAGGAUCUCUGACUGUCUCUUUUACUGUUGCUCCCUGCUGUAGUUUCUCAGCCAUAGAGAGCUGUAGUCCAGUGCACGUGCCCAGAGUGGGCGCUCACGGAGGGGUCUACCUUUUCGACGAGUCUCGAGCCUCUUCACAGUGUUAUGGCUCGUUUAUCGCCAUUCCCAUAUUGGACCCCCGAGAGCAGGGACGAGCUAUUGGGGUGCUGGGUCUCGACACACUCCGAGAUUCAAACGACACACACCUGUUCUCACGCCAUGAGAUAGACUUCUACCAGGUGAGAGGAAUGGCUGCUCCCAGAUCUGUUUGUGCUGUCUUACCAACUUACCAACAUUUGGCUGACAAUGACCAUAGGAGUUAGCAAGAUAGCCCAAACAGAUCUGGGACCUGGUUAGAAUGGCUGUAUUGUGCAGUGUAAAACCCAGGGCGAUACUUCUAUAACGCUCAAGGAGUAUUCAAAAAAAGUAACUAUCCUAAAAACACCAUUCAUUAGCUUUGACUCAGUAAUAAUAUCCCAUUUUUGCCCAGUGCGUGAGCAGUGAAUUCAGCAGAGCUCUCGGGCAUGUGGUGACUCGCUGCAGCAUACUGCACAUUGUGGAGAGCGCCUCACUCUGGCUACACAGCAGAGUCUCUGCCGUUCACAGUAUCACCACCUAUCUGAUGGAGCCUUCAGACGGACAGGUAACUGAAGAGAAGGCGGUGACAUCAAUCCUCUGUAGGCUACGUUCUGUACACAGCACUCAUACACCAAAUAAACCAUUUAAACAGAUAUCUCAGCGCAGCAUUAGCUUAGCCACGCGCCCUAACCAUUCAAAUACAGCUACACAGAGGUUUCCGAACAAGAUAUCAAACCAACUUUAAGUCGGCUAAUGAGCACCCUUUGCAGGGCAGUGACUGCUCUCUGAGGAAGAUGAUGGUGAUGGAGGGAGGUUCUCGUCGCUCCCAUUGGCUCUCCCCUCCUCCUUCCUUACGGCGCUCAGAUCACUUCUGCAGAGACUACCUGUUCCAGUGCUGUGACACCUCCCAGGCUGGGCACUAUGUCGUGUUUGGUGCGUACAGACUGGUGCUCCCUGUGAGGGACUCAGCUGGGUGGGCCCUGGGGGUGGUGGACAUGGAGUUAGAAACCCUCUCAUCGGGCCACCAGAGGGGGCUGCAGCCCCACGAGCGCCGGGACCUGUCGUCUGCAGGGAAGGCACUGCAGGCUGCCUGCGUUCAGCUGCACAGAGAAAGCACUGGGCCGAGCAGGCAACACACACUGCUGGGUGAGAGGCAUGGUGUUAGGGAACGGGGAAAGCUAAGAGGCCAAACCAGAGUAUAA